AUGUUCGGGGUGAACUCGACCUCUGCCCCCGUGACGUCAGCAGGACUCAUCGACUCCCGUCUGCUGGGUUUUUUCCUCGUCUUCAACCUUCUCAUCUGCAGCGAAAUCCUAAGUCUCUUCGGCAUCGCCGGCAACGUCGUCAACAUCAUCGUCUUCUCCAAGCAAGGCUACAAGGACAGUGUGAACAUCACGCUCGCGGCCCUGGCCGUCAGCAACAUCGGGGCGCUGGUCGGACAGCAGAUGUUCGAUAUAAUGGUCAACCCUUGGUUCUUAAACGCGCAUCUUCCCUUCAACGUCACCGAAGUCCUGCGCCUCAUCUCCUUCUACCCGCACAGUUACUUCAUACGCGUGGGUGGGUUCAUCACCGCCUUCGCCUCGUUCGAGCGCUGCCUGUGCGUGGUGGCGCCCCUGAGGGUCAAGAGGAUCAUCACGCCAGGCGUGGCGCUCGUUGUCAACGUCACGAUUUUCAUCGUCACGAUCCUCCACGUGUUCCCGGCUAUGUACACCACGUAUUUCGACUGGAAGUUUUCGGCCCGGCAGAACAGAACGGUGCUGGGGGUGACCCUCCGGAGCACGGCGAGCAGCGUCUUCGCGGUGUCCUAUUUCAUAACAGAUUUAUCCGUUCCCUACUUCACGUUCCUCGUCCUCAUCGCGUGCACGUCCGUCACGAGCGUGAAGCUCAUCGACAAAGCCUCCUGGCGCAAAGCGGUUUCCGGAAGCGACGUCUCGAAGAAGGAGAGGAAAGUCGUCCGGAUGCUGUCGGUGGUGUCCGUCGUGUUCAUCGUCUGCCUCAUCCCGCAGUCGACCAUUCUGACGGCGGUGGCGCUGGUCCAGGGGCUGAAGGUGGACGGGGCGUACUUCGACGUGGCGAUGUUGUGCUACAGCAUCGCGUACCUGGCCGAGACGGUAAACACGAGCGUCAAUGUGGUGGUUUAUUACAAGAUGAGCACCCGGUACAGGGAGACGCUCAUGCGA